AUGGUGGCGACCUCCAGGAUCUCAUCUUGGGUUGCACCGGCUCUGCUCCUCUUCGUCGCCCUCGUGCACACCACCGACGCCGACCAUCUCUAUGUAGGGUACUACGCAAAGUCAUGCCCCAACGUGGAGCGUGUCGUGUCAUCCGUGAUGGCGAGCAGGGUCGGUAGUGGGCGGAUGGCGCCCGCCGUGCUCCGCCUCUUCUUCCACGACUGCUUUGUUAAUGGAUGUGAUGCCUCCGUUCUCCUCGACGCGACACCCUUCUCAGAGAGCGAGAAGGAUGCCAAGCCAAACGCGUCCCUCACCGGCUUCACCGUGAUCGACGAGAUCAAGGCCGCACUCGAGAAAGAAUGCCCCGCCACCGUCUCGUGCGCGGACGUGCUCGCUCUCGCGUCUCGCGACGCAGUCACUCUCCUCGGUGGUCCGACCUGGAACAUGCCUCUUGGCCGCAAGGACUCGCGCUUCGCCGCUGACAAGGAGUUCACGACGAAACAUCUCCCCAGCCCGAACGACAACCUUGGUGAGCUCAUCAAAAUGUUCGGGGAGCUCGGCCUCGACGCCCGCGACAUGACCGCACUCUCCGGUGCGCACACCGUCGGGAUGGCCAACUGCGAGCACUACAGAGAACGCGUCUAUGGCACCAGCGACACCGAGUACAACAUCGACCCCUCCUUCGCGGACGCUAGGCGAAAGAUGUGUCCGCCGCAAGGCUCCUCAGGCGACGCAGGCAAGGCACCGUUCGACGUUCAGACGCCCAGGAAGUUCGACAAUGCUUACUACCGGGACCUUAUCGCGCAUCAGGGUCUCCUCAACUCCGACCAGGCUCUGUACAGCGGUGGAGGCGUGGACAGCCUCGUGGAGAGGUAUGGUGCCGACGGCGAUGCUUUCGGGAGGGACUUCGCCAAGGCGAUGGUGAAGAUGGGGAACAUUCUUCCGCUAAAGGGAUUGCCGACAGAGGUGAGGCUCCAGUGCUCCAAGGCAAACUAUUGA